AUGAAGUUCUCCGUCAUUGCCUGCGCCGUCACUGGUGCCCUAGCCCUCAACACCCACGUUGAGCGUGAUGCCUCCGAGAUCAACUCCAUCCUCGCCGAUGUCAAGAAGAACCUCGAGUCCCUCGACUCGGCCGUCAAGAGCUACAACGGCGACAAGUCCACCCUUCUCAAGGCCUCCAACGACCUCAUCUCCACCCUCAAGGACGGCAAGACUAAGGUCGACGCCUCUGCCGAGCUGGACCUCAACGACGCCGUCACCCUGACCGCCCCCGUCCAGGACCUCACCAAGACUGGCGAGAGCCUCGCUGGCGACCUUAAGGCCUUCAAGUCCACGGUCGAGAAGGAGAGCGAGUGCACCCUGAUCCGCACCCAGGUCGGCAACGUCAACGAUGCCUCCCAGGCUUUGAUCAAGUCCGUCGUCGGCAAGGUCCCCGAGGAGGCUCAGCAGAUUGCCUCUCAGCUCUCCGCUGGCCUGACCAAGGUUCUUCAGGACACCGUCACCGAGUUCAACGAGGACAACUGCAAGGACAGCGGCAACGGUGGCAGCUCCCCCUCUGGCUCUUCCUCUGCCCCCGCCUCCUCGUCCGCCCCUAGCUCGUCUGCUGCCGGCUCGUCCUCUGCCGCUCCCACUGGGUCUGCCUCUGUCCCCGCCACCUCGGCUCCUGCCACCUCUUCCUCUGCUGCUUCUGGCUCUGCCCCUGCUAGCAGCUCUGGCCCCGCCAGCACCGCCCCUCCCGUGGUCACCGCUGGUGCCGCUGCCCUCGCACCCCUCGGUGCUGCUGCUGUCGCUGUCGCCGCCCUGCUGCUGUAA